AUGCUCAUGGAGGAGGACAUCGACGACAAGUUCUUCUACCAGUUCCCCGACCACCGCGCGCUCCUCAGCGCGCAGCAGCCGUACGCACAGAUCCUCUCCGAUGCCACCGCUGCCUUCUCAUCCGACUCCGCCGCUGUCACCAGCUCAAGGACCGGCGGCAACUCCACCCUUUCCUUGUCCUCCUCCGCCCCCGCAUCUGCCGACCCCACCUGGCCCUACGACCCAAUCGAGCUCUCCCAGCUGUUGCGCUCCCCUCCGUACCCGGACAUGGGGGUGGGGCUCGAUGACUUCACCGCCGAUGAGGUCAACGCCGUCUUCCUGCCGGGACAAGACUCCGCGUUCCAGCCGAAUCUGGCCUUCUUGGAUACCGCCGGCGGCGGCGGAGGAGGCCAACGGCUGAGCGCUUCCCUCACGGCCCUGAACGCUGGCGGUGGUGGAGCCCAACAGCAGCGCGCUUCCCUCGUUGCCCAGGAUGCCGGCGGUGGCGUGGGCAUCCAGAGGUCGGAGUGCGCGGAGGAGGAGACGAAGACAGAGGCCACCACCUUGCCUGCCGGUGAUGGUGACCAUGCUGCGCUGUUCUCGGCCUUCUUCGGUGCCCAGAAUGGGGAAAAUAUGGACAUGCUCAAUAUGGCGUUCCUCAAAGGCAUGGAAGAGGCCAAGAAGUUCUUGCCCACCAACAAUAGCCUUCUGAUCGACCUUGACGGCACCUCUGGCCAAUCCUUGCCUACAGAGAGAGACAUCAAGCCAUCCACUGCCUUUGUUGCUACCCAAGUGAAGGAGGAAGAGGUGGAUGGAAUAUCAAUGUUUGGAGGAAGUAGCAAUGGCAGGGGCCGCAAGAAACGUUACUCCCAAGAGGACUUGGAAGUGGAGACCGGCAGAAACAACAAACUGAUGAUGCCUGAACAGGAAGAAACCGGUGCUAGUGAGCUGUUCGACGAAUUAAUGUCCUGCAAAUAUGAUGGAUUCUUGAAACACAUGAAGCAUUUGCGCAUCGCCAUGGAUAGCGAGUCUCAGAAGAGUGCCAGGAAGGCAAUGGCCACAGAAGGACUAGAGGCCCGACUUGCUGGCACAGGGAGCCAGGUGUACCAGUCGCUCGUGGCAAAACGCACAUCGGUUGUGGAGUUCCUCAAGGCAUACAAGCUAUUCUUGGCAGCCGUCAGCCUCAAUACGGUGCAUAUCAUCUUCCCCAACAGGAACAUCGUGGAUGCCGUGGCAGGGAGGAGCAAGUUGCACAUUGUGGCAUAUGGUGUACAGUAUGGUUUACAGUGGCCAGGCUUGCUACAUCUCCUUGCAGGCAGAGAAGGUGAACCUCCAGAGGUGAGGUUCACUGGCAUUGACCUUCCGCAACCUGGGUUCCGCCCAGCGUACCAGAUUGAACAAACAGGCCGCCGGCUUAGCAACUGUGCCCGUGCAUUUGGCGUGCCAUUCAAAUUCCAUGCUAUAGCAGCAAAGUGGGAGACGAUCUGUGCUGAGGACCUCAACAUUGAUCCAGAUGAGGUGCUUGUUGUGAACAGCGAGUGCCACUUCAGCAACUUGAUGGAUGAGACUGUUGACGUUGACACCCCAAGCCCCAGAGAUUUGGUGCUCAACAACAUUCGAAAGAUGCGACCCAAUAUUUUCAUCCAGAUUGUCAAUAAUGGCACAUAUGGUGCUCCAUUCUUCCUCACACGGUUCCGGGAGGCACUGUUCUACUACUCAGCACUAUUUGACAUGCUGAUGCAACCAUUCCCCGGGAUAAUGAUGAACGGCUGCUGA